AUGAACUUGUCCAUAUGUUGUUUUAAAUGUAUUUUGUUGAUUUCUCUCUGCGUCGUAACGGCAUAUGGGAGCGCCGAAAGAUGGGUAGCUAAUGAAAAUGCAGAUGCUGUAGGUGAACGUGACGCGCCCCUAUUGAGCACAACUGAUGCUGAUGAUUUUGGGGGGAGGGUCAAUAAGGCCCACCAUAUGGGAGAUCUGAGAAGUGUGUAUUUAAUCAGGAAAGGGGUUGAUCCAGGUAUAAAUGAACCGCCAGCGGAAGCAUCCUUUUUAAGUGUGCGGAGUGCAGCCACGAUGGGGGAUGAAAACGAGGAAGAUGAUGAGGAGGAGGACAGUGGGAGUGAUGACACGGAUGACUCCGCUGCUGAGGAGGAAGAAGGUGAGGGAACGGUUAACCUAAGCAUGCAUGAACAAAACGGAGAACUCGAGUACGACGGGAACGAUACGGAGGUGAACCAAAUGGCCCUACUGAAAGAUAUAACUGAUAAAGUUAAGCGAGAAGUAACUGAGGUGAACAUGGAUACAGUUAACCAAGUUGAUGUCCCGAGCAUUGCCGAUCAGGAGAGAAAGAUAAACGAAUUUUACGAGUACGAAAAUGAGGUAUUAAAAAAUAUUCGCGAAAAGAAGAAAAAUAUUUACGCAAUGAUUAAUGAAGAUUUGGAUGAGCUACUGAGGCCUGCCCAGAGGGAGUAUAUGAUGGUGGCUAGAAGUAUAAAAAGUAAGCUGUUGCAUGAGUACGAGCAAAUCCUUCGGGAGGAAUUGUCCCAAGAGUAG